AUGAACUUAAUUAAAAUUCGUAGUGUAGCAAUCAAUGCAGUUGAAAAAGCAUGUAGAGCAUGCUUGGAAAUUCAAAGUCAAUUAAUUUCACAAGAUACAAUCAACAAAAAAGAUCAAUCACCAGUUACAGUUGGUGAUUAUACUGUCCAAGCAUUGGUUAUCAAUGAAAUUAUUAAAAACUUAGAAGAAGAGUAUCCAUUCAUUGCUGAAGAAGAUUCAAAAACAUUAUCAUCGGAAAAAGAUGUUGAGGAUAAAGUAUUAUCAUUCUUUAACCGUUUCUCUGGUGAAUCAUUCGAUGGCAAACAAUUAGGCAGCAUUUUAGACAAGGGUAACAAAAAGAAAACCAUAUCAAAUACAAAUAGAUGGUGGACAUUAGAUCCAAUUGAUGGUACAUUAGGAUUUUUAAGAAAAGAUCAAUAUGCAGUAGCAUUAGCUUUAAUGGAAGAUAAUAAACCAAUUUUAGGUAUUUUAGGUUGUCCAAGUUUACCAAUCUCCAAAGGAUCAGAAGAGAAAGGUUGUAUUUUUGUUGGUAUGAAAGGCAGUGGAUCAUUUAUGAAACCACUUUCUAAUAUUCAAACUGAACAAUCAAUCAGUGUUUCAGAUAAAUCAGAUCCAACUAAAGCAGUUUUUACUGAAAGUUUUGUUUCAAGAGGUUUUGGUCAUGAAUUAAACCAAAAGAUUUCAAAAGAUAUGGGUGUCACCGAAGAACCAUUAAAAAUUGAUAGUCAAUGUAAAUACGCUAUGGUUGCAAGAGGCGACAGUGACUGCUACCUCAGAUUAACUCAAAUGGACUACAGAGAAUGCAUCUGGGAUCAUGCUGCUGGUCAUAUUAUUGUCGAAGAAGCCGGUGGUGUAGUCACUGAUUUCAAAGGUAACCAAUUAGAUUAUUCCAAAGGCUACAAAUUAGAAGAUAAUGUUGGUAUUGUUUGUUCAAAUAAAAAUUUACAUAACCCACUUUUUGAAUCAAUCAAAAAAUCAAUUCAAUUAUAA